AUGGCAGCACACCGAGCUUCCCCGCAGAACCAGGAUGGACGGAGGGCUGUGGGGCAGCGGAGCAAACAUGUGGCAGGUGCCACGGGGCCGUCAUCCGCCUCCACCGGGCCGCGCUUUGGGCAGUCGGAGGAGGAGCGUCCCUUCCCCACGCCUCCUGGCCAGUCGCCCACUGAGUCCACGGCCAGACACUCCUCGCGCUGCUCUGAGAACAGCCCAGCCGCGGCCCCGCUCAAGGGGAAGCAUAGGCACCUGCUGACGGGACGCGAAGGUUCCGUGCGUCGGCGCCGUCUGGGCGUGGCCAGUGGCCAAGGGCUCACGGACGGUCCCUCAGUCUUCCUCACCCAGGAGGAGGCCCACGGCGUCCUGCGCAGGCACCGGCGCGCCAACUCGUUCCUGGAGGAGCUGAGGUCCGGCUCCCUGGAGCGGGAGUGCGGAGAGGAGCGGUGCUCCUUUGAGGAGGCCCGGGAGAUCUUCCAGAACGCCGAGAGGACGAAGCAGUUCUGGGUUUCUUACAACGAUGGGGACCAAUGUGCCUCGAAUCCGUGCCAGAACGGGGGUUCCUGUGAGGACCAGCUCCAGUCCUACAUCUGCUUCUGCCUCGACAAUUUCGAGGGCCGGAACUGUGAGACAAACAAGAAGGACCAGCUGAUCUGUAUGAACGAGAACGGAGGCUGUGAGCAGUACUGCAGCGACCAUGCAGAGACCAGGCGCUCUUGCCGGUGCCAUGAGGGGUACGCGCUCCAAGACGAUGGGGUGUCCUGCGCUCCCACAGUGGAGUAUCCGUGUGGAAGAAUACCUGUUCUGGAAAAGAGAAAUGGCCGCGACCCCCAAGGCCGAAUUGUGGGUGGCAAGGUGUGCCCCAAAGGAGAAUGUCCCUGGCAGGCUGCACUGAAGCUGGACGGCGUGCUGGUGUGUGGGGGCGCCCUGCUCGAUGCUGCCUGGUUGGUCUCUGCAGCCCACUGCUUCGACAGAAUCAGGAACUGGGAGAACCUGACGGUGGUGCUGGGCGAGCACGAUCUCCGCAAGGAGGAGGGCGAGGAGCAGGAGCGGCACGUCGCCCAGAUCAUCAUCCCCGACAAGUACAUCCCCCGCAAGACGAACCAUGACAUCGCCCUGCUGCGCCUGCGGACGCCCGUGGCCUUCACCAACCACGUCGUGCCCCUGUGUCUGCCCGAGAAGGCCUUCUCCGAGAGGACGCUGGCCUUCAUCCGCUUCUCCACCGUCAGCGGCUGGGGCCAGCUGCUGGACAGGGGCAUCACGGCCCUUGAGCUCAUGGCCAUCGACGUGCCCCGGGUGAUGACCCAGGACUGCCAGGAGCAGUCACACAGGAAGGCGGGCUCUCCGGCAAUCACCGAGAACAUGUUCUGCGCCGGCUACCUAGACGGGAGCAAGGAUGCCUGCAAGGGGGACAGCGGGGGCCCGCACGCCACCAAGUUCCAGGGCACCUGGUACCUGACGGGGAUCGUCAGCUGGGGGGAGGGCUGUGCGGCCGAAGGUCACUUCGGGGUGUACACCAGGGUCUCCCAGUACAUCGAGUGGCUGCGCAGGCUCAUGAGCCAGAGCCCAACCUCGGGAGGCCUCCUCCGGGCCCCGCUGCCCUAG